AUGGGUGCAUGCACAGGAAAAGGACCUAAAAGCGAGAAUAAUCCAUAAAAAGAGUCAAAUUAAAAAUAACAAGACCCAAAUCUUAAAAGUCUAGAUAAUGGAUAGAACAAAGAUAAAAAAGUAUUUACUUCCUAAAAAACAUAAUUCAAAGUCAACCCUUCUAUUUUUGUGACUUUAAAGAAAGGAGAUAUCUUGAACUACUAUAGAAUCGAUCAAACUUUAGGAGAAGGUACUGCUGACCCUAUCUAGGUUCUUAUGGAAAAGUCAGUUUAGUAACAUAAAAAGUGAUUGGAUUACCAAGAGCUAUGAAGCAAAUUCGAAAGGACAAAAUUGAAUAAAAAGAUAACAUGAUACAAGAAGUCUCAAUACUAAAAGAAUUAGAUCAUCCUAAUAUUGUUAGUGUUUAUGAACUAUAUGAAGAUGAAUAAUAUGUUUACAUUAUCACAGAGUAAGCAUUGAAAUAUCAUCAGGCACAAGAUAUCUAAGUGGAGGAGAAUUAUUUGAAAAAAUAAAUGAAAUCGAUCACUUUGAUGAAACUAUUGCAGCUGGUUAUAUGAGAAAAAUAUUGGAAGCUGUUAAUUAUUGUCAUAAUAAAAAUGUAGUUCAUCGGUAAUGUUGUCUAUUUCAUUAUAGUGAUCUUAAACCUGAGAAUAUCAUAUUUGAAUCUAGGAAAGUAAACUCAAGUUUGAAAAUUAUCGAUUUCGGAACAGCCAAAGAAUUACUGGAAAGCAAAAAAUUAUCACAAAGAAUUGGCACUGUAAUUCAAUUUAUAUACUUAUAUCUAGCCUUAUUAUAUUGCACCUGAAGUCAUUAAUAAAUAAUAUGAUAAAAAAUGCGAUGUUUGGUCUUGCGGAGUUAUUCUAUUUAUUAUGCUGUGCGGAUUUCCACCCUUUAAUGGCUAAUCCCAAUAAGAACUGUACCAAAGAAUACAGGCAGGGGUUUACUCUUUUGAUGGUAACUCUAACCAUCUUAUCCUUAUAGAACCAGAGUGGAAAGAAAUCUCUGAAGAUGCUAAAGAUUUGAUUAAGAAGAUGUUAGUUACUGAUCCAGACAAAAGGAUUUCAGCCCAAGAUGCAUUAUAACAUGAAUGGAUCAAAAUAACAUAAAAAGAGAAAAAACUUAAUCAUAAAUCACUUGAGAACUUAGCCAGAUUUCAUGUAACUUAUAUUGUAUUAUUGAGGAAAUUAGAGCUCAAGCAAAUUAAAAGCUGCAAUCAUGCAACUGAUCACUACUUAAGUCAUGACAAAUUAAGAAAAAAAAAAAAUGCAAAAAUAAUUUAAGAAAAUUGAUGUCAAUCACGAUGGAACUUUAAGUAGAGAGGAACUACUCUAAUGUUACAGAGAAAUCUAUGAUGAUGAACUUAAGUGCCAUUAAAUUGUUGAUCAUCUAUUUGAGUAGGCAGAUGUCAAUGGAUCUAAUCAAAUUGACUAUACAGAAUUUGUAAUAGCCUUUGCAAAAAAAGAAUAAAUUAUGGCAUAAAACAAGUUAGAAAAAGCCUUUAAACUAUUUGAUAAAGAUGGCAAUGGUCAAAUUAGUAAAUAAGAACUCUAGGAUAUUAUGGGUGGAGUGCAACUUAGUGAUAAUUAAUGGAGUAAUGUUUUUGGAGAGCUUGAUUUAAAUGGAGAUGGUGUUGUAACUCUAUAAGAAUUUACUGAAAUGCUCAUCAAAUAAGCUAAUGAAUAAGAAUGA